AUGGAACUCAUCGAACUUCGAGCGCUGGCGAUUGGCGCCCAUGUCUCGCUGGCUGGGUUUCUCUAUGGCUUGGAUAUUGGUUCCAUUGGCCCUAUCACCGAAAUGCAGCAGUUCCGAGACUCAAUCGCACACCUGUCUUCGAACCAGCAGGGUAUCUACGUGGCUUGCAUUCUUCUGGCGUCUUCACUCUCAUCUCUACUCAGCGGCCACGUAGCGGAUGCUAUUUCACGUAAAUAUGGCAUCUUGACCAGUGCCAUCCUCAGCCUCGUCGGUACAGCUAUCUCGGCGAGCGCUCCUAACUUCGCUGCACUGAUUGUGGGUCGCCUGAUCACAGGCUUUGGAUUAGGGCAGGCAAUUGCGGUUACCACGGUCUACCUGGUCGAAAUCGCACCCAAGAAUAUCCGCGGCGUCACAACAUGUAUGUUGCAGACGUAUGUGGUGAUCGGGGUCACAGUCGGCUACUUCGUAUGUUUCGGAUCCCGGAACCUGGAAGGAUCCAUGGCAUGGAGGACUCCAUUCAUACUUCAGGCCUGCUUCGCGGUGAUUCUGGCCGCUGGAAUGGUGUUAUUACCCUUUUCACCACGAUGGCUGUGUCAGAAAGGACGCUUUGAAAAAGCCAGACAGGUGCUCUUGAAGAUGCGCCGUUGGACGGCUGUUGAAAGUGAAAUGGAGGAGAUGCAGGCUGGGGUCACCACACACGGAGACGGCGAAGCAACGAAAUGGGUCGAGAUGUUUCAUCGCCGGUAUAUCGGGCGGACGCUGUUAGGCAUCUUCAUCAUGUCCUUUCAGCAACUUACCGGGAUGGACGUCGUGCUAUACUAUGCUCCGAUUGUCUUUGCCCAAGCCGGCUUCAGCUCCUCGAAAUCAGGCUUCCUAGCAUCAGGCGUCAGUGGCAUUAUCAUGCUGGCAGCCACCAUCCCCGCACAGAUCUGGAUCGAUCGCUGGGGCCGUCGCAUGCCACUCAUAAUUGGUGGCGUUCUCAUGUCAGUCUGUUUCAUCAUCAACGGUGCUAUAUAUGCCAGCUUUGGCAAGAAAGUCGAGGGAGGUGUGCAGAUGGAGUCAAAGGCAGGCCAAUGGGUCGUGGUCGUCAUGAUCUAUGCCUUUGUGGCUAACUUUUCUUGGUCUUGGGCGGUGGUCGGCAAGAUCUACUCAGUUGAAAUCAUCCCCACACGACUCCGAGCGAAGGUCUCUGCUGUCGAACUGCUCGCGAACUGGAUGGUUAACUUCGCCAUCACUCUCGUGGCUCCUCUGUUUUUACGUGCCUCACCCAGCGGACCCUACUUCUUGUUUGGCGGGACAACGCUGUUCGCAGCUCUAGUCUGUAUCCGUAUACCUGAGACCAACGGCCGAAGUCUUGAAACGAUCGAGAGCGACUCUUUUACUAGCCAUCAACAGUCCGAAGUCGCCUGA